AUGUGCAACCCAAAGCCAUCUUCUGCAACAUCCUUUGUAUCUCAUUUCUUAAACUCCAAGAAAAUCACGAAUCAUGACCGAGCCAAUCAAGAAAUUCAUAGAUGGCCAACUACUUCUGAGGCAUUGGAAGAAAUCAAAGCAAUAGGAAGAAUAUCAGGACCAACAGCUAUUACCGGGCUGAUACUAUAUUCGAGGGCAAUGAUUUCCAUACUAUUUCUUGGAUACCUUGGAGAGCUUGAACUUGCAGGGGGUUCUCUUUCUAUUGGUGUUGCAAAUAUCACUGGCUAUUCUGUUAUCUCGGGUUUGGCUAUGGGCAUGGAACCAAUUUGUGGACAAGCUCAUGGUGCGAAUCAAAUGAAGCUCCUUGGACUUACCUUACAAAGGACGGUGCUUCUUCUUCUCUCUACCUGCAUACCUAUCUCUUUCAUGUGGCUUAACAUGAAAAGAAUCCUGUUAUGGUGCGGCCAAGACGAGGAAAUCUCAUCCAUGGCUCAUACUUACAUUGUCUUUGCCAUUCCAGAUCUCUUCUUCCUCUCACUGCUUCAUCCAUUGAGAAUCUACCUCAGGACUCAAAGCAUCACAUUACCAUUGACCUAUUGUUCAGCUAUAUCAGUUCUCCUACAUGUGCCGUUAAAUUUUCUUCUUGUAACACAUUUUAAAAUGGGCGUAGCCGGAGUGGCCUUGGCAAUGGCUUGGACAAAUCUCAAUCUUCUCCUUCUGCUCUCUUUGUUCAUAUACUUCUCUGGUGUAGAUAAGGACUCAUGGGUGGCUCCAAGCAUGGAUUGCCUACGUGGAUGGUCAUCUUUACUAGCCUUAGCUGUGCCAAACUGUAUCUCAGUUUGCCUAGAGUGGUGGUGGUAUGAGUUCAUGAUUAUGCUUUGUGGACUCCUAGCAAACCCCAAAGCUACAAUUGCUUCCAUGGGAAUCCUUAUCCAAAUAACCUCUUUAGUCUAUGUGUUUCCAUCAUCCCUCAGCCUUGGUGUCUCCACCAGAGUUGGGAACGAGCUUGGCGCUAGAAGACCGGAGAAAGCACGAAUUUCAAUGAUAGUUUCGAUCACUUGUGCAGUGGCAUUAGGUUUUGCAGCCAUGUGGUUCACCACCCUAAUGAGGCAUACAUGGGGCCGGUUUUUCACAAAAGAUGUGGAAAUUCUUGAUCUCACUGCAAUAGCAUUACCCAUAGCAGGGCUAUGCGAGCUUGGGAACUGCCCACAAACCACCGGUUGUGGGGUGUUGAGGGGAAGUGCAAGGCCUAGUAUUGGAGCAAAUAUCAACUUGGGUUCAUUUUAUUUUGUGGGAAUGCCAGUGGCCGUCCUGAUGGGAUUUGUGCUGAAAAUGGGGUUUAGUGGGCUAUGGCUCGGCUUGCUAGUAGCUCAGGCUUCAUGCUUAUUGCUCAUGUUCUAUGUUCUGUAUACAACCGAUUGGAUAGUUGAAAUGGAGAGGGCAAAAGAGCUCACAACACAAUCUUCGAUGUCCUCGAAUACUGCUUCAGUAUUACCAGUGUCUUCUUCUUCUUCUUAUUCGGAAGCUAACAAGAAUUUAUUGAAGAAGUCAUCAUCAGUUUCAUCACUUGAAACUGACCCUCUCAUUACUGCUACACAUACUCUGCAUCAAAUUAAUUAG